AUGGAGUUCCCCACUUUCCCUCCGAGUGCCACGUACGUGUCGUUAAGUCCGCUGAACGCCAGCAUCCCCGACUCGCUCCUGCCCGGACCGCCGAAAUGCGCCGGGGCCAACUGGACCGACGGCGCCGACGGCACCAACGGCACGAACGGCACCGGCGCGUCCGUGGGUCGCGACACGGCCAGGGUGGUCAUCGCCGUGUGCAUUACCGCCCUGUACUCGCUCAUCUGCGUGGUGGGGCUGCUGGGCAACGUCCUCGUCAUGUACGGCGUGGUCAGGUACACCAAGAUGAAGACGGCCACCAAUAUCUACAUCUUCAACCUGGCCCUGGCGGACGCCCUGGCCACCAGCACCUUGCCCUUCCAGAGCGCCAAUUACCUGAUGAGCACGUGGCCGUUCGGGGAGCUGCUGUGCAAAGUGGUCAUCGCCAUCGACUACUACAACAUGUUCACCAGCAUCUUCACGCUCACCAUGAUGAGCGUGGACCGCUACGUGGCCGUGUGUCACCCUGUGAGGGCCCUGGACUUCCGCACUCCGGCCAAGGCCAAGAUUAUCAAUAUCUGCAUCUGGAUCCUAUCGUCGGUCAUCGCGGUCCCUGUGAUGAUCAUGGCCGUUACCAAGGUGACAGACAAAGGCAACGUGGAUUGCAGAAUUAUCUUUCCACAACCAGACUGGUACUGGGACACCGUGACUAAAAUCUGUGUGUUCAUCUUCGCCUUCCUGGUGCCCGUGCUCGUCAUCACCGUCUGCUACGGUCUGAUGAUCCUGCGGCUAAAGAGCGUCCGUCUCCUCUCCGGAUCCAAAGAGAAGGACAGGAACCUGAGGCGGAUCACCCGGAUGGUCCUCGUAGUGGUGGCAGCUUUCAUUAUUUGCUGGACUCCCAUACACAUCUUCAUCAUCGUCAGGACCAUGGUGAAAAUCGACCACAAGAACCUCCUGGUGAUGGCGAGCUGGCAUCUGUGCAUCGCCCUAGGCUACACCAACAGCAGCCUCAACCCGGUCCUUUACGCCUUCCUGGAUGAGAACUUCAAGAGGUGCUUCAGGGAUUUCUGCCUGCCCUAUCGCACACGUACGACGCAGCACAGCUUCUCCCGUGGCCGCAACACCACCAGAGAGCCCGUGUCCGUUUGCGGCCCCUCCACCGGAGGCAGACCGCCCGCAUGA